UCAGCGCCAGGAAGAGCUUGCACUUUUAUAUCCGUUACUGCCAUCAUGAUCAAGGUCUCGUGUUCAGUUCUUGUGGUCAUAAUUUGUCUCACGGCAGCUUAUCCUGCGAACGAAAUGUCCGCCGCUGUGGAUAAAUGUCAAAAAUCUCAAGGCGUCUCUGAUCUUGAGAGUAUCUUGAAUGAAGGAUCGAUGACCUUGAAAGACGAGUCAAAUGAAGUGGGAAGGUGCUUUAUACAAUGCCUGAUGACAGAAUUUGGAAUUCUUAAAGGGGACAACCUUGAUGCUGACACUGUUAUUGCGCAGGCGCAAGACUUGGUACAGUACGUAAAAUCACAAGGCAAGGAAGUUGACAUAAACAAGAUAAAGUCUUCAAUUACAGACUGCGGUAACAAAGAUGGUGAUGGAAAAUGUAUGAAGACGUACAAAUCGUGGACCUGCUUAAGCGAUAUGGCUCGGAGUGUAGCAGAACAGAAAAUAAACUAAGGGACUAUAGUAAAGUUUGCAAGUGUCCGACAGACAGAUUCGACACUUUGACUUUUCUAAAAUCCCUUCCUGGAUCCAAGGCACAAGCAUGGCAAGUUUGGUCUAAAUAUGUAUAUCCGUUCCUGAGAAAUAAACGAACGCAAAAACACGUG